AACAUAUAGAUUAUGUUGGUCGUGGUAUUGAUGUAUUACUAAAAGAGAGAUGUGUUGAACCUUAAUCCGGAAGUUGUGCGCUUUAUUCAGUCUGACUUGACAGCGUUAAGCAGCCGCUCGUUUUGACCAUUGGCUUCGAUCAGAUAAGAGGUUCACGCGGACACAUUCCCCUGCACUUCUGAAACUACAUUUCGAAAGAUGGAUUGUUCAGAGGAGGUUCAGGCUGUGUGUGAGGAACCCACAGUUGAAAUGGAGCUAAAAAAGGGAAUGUCGAUUUUCAUUGAUAUUUUACGGAGAGCUGAUAAAAACGAUGAUGGAAAACUGUCCUUUGAUGAAUUCAAAUCCUACUUCUCUGACGGAGUCUUGACAGCUGAGGAAUUGCAGGAGCUCUUCCACACUAUUGACACUCACAACACAGACAAUGUGGACACCGAUGAACUCUGUGAGUAUUUCUCCCAGCACCUCGGUGAAUAUGAGAAUGUUCUCGGUGCCUUAGAAGACCUGAAUAUGUCCAUACUGAAGGCCAUGGACAAAACAAAGAAGGAUUAUCAGGAGUCCACCCACCUUGAGCAGUUUGUGACCCGCUUCCUGCUGAAGGAGACGACCAAUCAGCUUCACUCGCUUCAAAGCUCUCUCGAGUGCGCCAUGGAAACCACCGCCGAGCAGACUCGCCAGGAGAAGCAGGGCCCGCUGAAGCCAGAGGUUUUGUCCAUCCAGUGGUCAGGUCGUCGCUCCAAUCGAAGGCUUCAGAGGAACAGCAGUCUGUCUCCCAACAACCCUCUCCUCAGUCUCGUCAAUUCAGGUGUUUAUGAAGAAGACAGCCAGUGGUUAGUCCAGGUCAACAGACUGCAGAGGCUUAUCGACCGUCUAGAGAAAAAGGAGAUUCGCCUGGAGCCCGUUGAGGAGGAGGUCUUGGAGAGCAAAGCGCACAUCCUGAUAGUCCAGAGGCAGCUCUCGGUGCUGGAGGAUGAGCUGGAGGACUUUCGCUUGGCUCUCAGACAGUACAUGGAGUGUGCCUGCGCCCAGACGGGAUGUCUACACAUCGCAGUUCAGCGUCUUGCAAACGAAUCACGCUUCAUCCUCUACGAAUUCUGGGAGCACAACAACGUGUGGAAGAAUCACCUGCAAACCAACUACAGCAAGACCUUCCAGAGGGGCAACGUCGAUUUCCUGGAAACUCCGGAGAGCAUCAGCACCAUGUUGGUUCCUGCCUCAUGGUGGGUCCUAAAUAACAACAACUGAACAUGGAUGAGACACCUUCACUGAUCCUGACUGAUGGGGAAAAAACCUGCCAACACAACAGAAGGAUCAGGAGGACCAAACACACACACACACACACACACACACACACACACACACACACACACACACACACACACACACACACACACACACACACACACACACACAACUCGUGAAGUUAUGGUUAUUAGUAUUUAUGACCUUUAUGUUCCUUCAUAGUUGUAGGUGGUAGUCUGAAAUAGUCCACGCGUGUGUGUUUGUUUACACACCUAGACGACGCUUGGACGUCCUGAAAGAAGCGACGACGACCCGUCAGCUUAUCUGACAUCAUCUCUGUGUUUGACGUGCCAUAAUCUGCAGCCCAGGGUAGAUCAUUAGAGCUGUGUGUGUGUGUGUGUGUGUGUGUGUGUGUGUGUGUGUGUGUGUGUGUGUGUGUGUGUGUGUGUGUGUGUGUGUGUGUGUGUGUGUGUGUGUGUGUGUGUGUGUGUGUGU